AUGAAUCCAGAAGUGAACAGAGCCAGUGACCCCGAUCCAAACGGGGAUGUCGUCCUCGUGGUAUCCCCACCAAAGCAGCCUCGCGCAUACGCACCUUCCAGAGUUUACUCAGAUGGAGAGGCCGGACUCGUCAGAUACCGAGCUUCCUCUAAACACUUGAGCUUGGCUUCGCAAUACUUUGAAAAGAGGCUGAAGAAAGAAUGGGGCGAGGGCGAAGAACUGCAGAAGAUCGGCAGCGUUGCGAUGCUUCUCCCCAAUACUGACCCCGAGGCGUUUUCGAUCCUUCUUGAUCUAAUGCACUGCCGCACGCAGGAAGUUCCUACCGUGGUGACCUUUGAUGAGUUGGUUGAGCUGGCUGUCCAAGUCAACUACUUCAAAUGCCACGGAGCUCUGGGGCUGUAUCCCGCGAGAUGGAUCGAACAUUUGAAGGCGAAACGCCCCAACGCUUACUGUGAUGAGAUCAUCAAGUGGAUUUUUGUUUCUGGGGUGUUCAAUGACUGUGAGCUCUACGCAUCUGUUACCUGCUUGGCGAUACGACAGAGCAAGGACAUCAUCAAUACGCUGGAUCUUCCUAUACCGCUAUCUGUUACAGGGACACUUAUGAAGCAGAUGAAGGCCCACGGACUGCCAUGGCCACGCGAGAACCUGGAUUAUAAAGGUCUUGCUCCAGAAAGCGUGGCUAAGAAAAUCCUCGAAUUCGAGAAGCCGAGCUCCAAGGUAACUUGCAAAGCCAGCCUCCUCGGAAGAGACAGCAUCAAGAUGAGUGGUACCUGCUACGAGAUCGACCCUUCUGGCGAUAUUGUCCUAGUUCUAUCCGCGCAGCGACGAGCUUCCCCCAAGACCAGCCCAGCAGAGGGAACAACACAAGCAAGGCCAGUGGAAUCAACUUCACCAACAUCUACAAAUGCAGACACGGACACACCUAUUCAAAAAGAUGCAGAAGAGACACCUCCUAAUUCAGAGGAAACCGCAUUAUCUGCAGUUGAAACUCCGCGGACCCAAUUCAAAGUUUCGUCGAAACAUCUCACUUUGGCAUCAAACUACUUCAACAAACAUCUCAAGAAACGUAUCUCUGCAACUAGCACAGCAGACCCACCGGAGAAAGUGCAUAUACUUGACUGCUAUCCUGAAGCUUUACUGAUCGUCAUGAACAUAAUACACAAUAAAGGCCAGCAGAUCCCGAAAGAGGUGGAUGCGACGAUGCUGCAGAAAGUCGCUGCUGUGGUCCGCUACCUCGACUGUCUAGAGGCAUGUACCUUCUUCUUUAGAGUCUGGAUACAGCGGUUGGUCAAUGAGGAUAAAAUAGUCUUCGACACAUGGGACAACUGCUUGAAAUGGGUCUAUAUCAGCUGGGCUUCCAAUCGCUAUUCCUUGUUUACAAGCUCCACAAGUGCUGCCAUGUCUUGGAGAUGUUCGUCAUCUACGUACCCUGCCGACCUCAAUCUUCCAGAGCGUAUCAAAGGUAUUGUUGUAACCGUCCUCCCUCAUCCUUUAUUGGCCCCAGCAAUCUUCGGGUCUAGAUCCAAUACGUUUUAUGGCCAUAGGUGCUAA